AUGAAUAAGACAUUUAGAUACCGUAAAUACAAGCUGGAAACUGACCAACGCAGUCACGCUGGGGAGAAGCCGUUCACCUGCUCUGAUUGUGGGAAGAGAUUCACACAGUCGUCCAACCUUCUGACACACCAGCGAGUUCACACUGGAGACAGACCAUUCACUUGCUCCAUCUGUGGAAAAGGAUUCACUGAGUCAUCCGGACUGCUCACACACCAGUGGGUUCACACCAGAGACAGAUCAUUCACUUGCACUGUGUGUGGGAAGGGAUUCACUUUGUCAUCCACUCUCCAGAUACACCAGCAAGUUCACACUGGGGAGAAACAGUUCAGCUGCUCUCAGUGUGGGAAGAGAUUCACUCCGUCAUCCUCCCUGCGGAGACACCAGCAAAUUCACACUGGGAAGAAACCAUUCGUGUGUAGGACAGUAUUCACUCCAUGUGUGGGACUGUAUUCACUCUCACAACUGACCUGCUGA